CUCUACAACGAUCACCUCUCUACAACGGCCACCUCUCUACAACGGCCACCUCUCCACAAAGGCCACCUCUCUACAACUGUCACCUCUCUACAACAGCCACCUCUCCACAACGGCCACCACUCUACAACGGCCACCUCUCUACAACGGCCACCUCUCUACAACUGCCACCUCUCUACAACGGCCACCUCUCCACAACGGCCACCACUCUACAACGGCCACCUCUCCACAACGGCCACCUCUCCACAACGGCCACCUCUCUAUAACGGCCACCUCUCCACAACGGCCACUUCUCCACAACAGCCACCUCUCUACAACGGCCACCUCUCUACAACAGUCACCUCUCUACUAGGGGCCACCUGUCAACAACGGCUACCUCUCCACUAACGGCCACCUCUCCACAACGGCCACCUCUCUACAACGGCCACCUCUCCACAGCGGCCACCUCUCUACAACGGCCACCUCUCCACAACGGCCACCUCUCCACAACGGCCACCUCUCCACAACGGCCACCUCUCUACAACGGCCACCUCUCUACAACGGCCACCUCUCUACAAUGGCCACCUCUCUACAACGGCCACCUCUCUACAACGGCCACCUCUCCACAACGGCCACCUCUCUACAACGGCCACCUCUCCACAGCGGCCACCUCUCUACAACGGCCACCUCUCCACAACGGCCACCUCUCUACAACGGCCACCUCUCCACAACGGCCACCUCUCUACAACGGCCACCUCUCUACAACGGCCACCUCUCUACAAUGGCCACCUCUCAACAACGGCCACCUCUCUACAACGGCCACCUCUCUACAACGGCCACUUCUCUACAACGGCUACCUCUCUACAACGGCCACCUCUCAACAACGGCCACCUCUCUACAACGGCUACCCCUCUACAACGGCCACCUCUCCACAACGGCCACCUCUCUACAACGGCUACCUCUCUACAACGGCCACCUCUCAACAACGGCCACCUCUCUACAACGGCUACCCCUCUACAACGG